AGAUAAAGGGGUAAUUUAUUAUAGAUCUGGGGGUCGAUCAUUAAUUUUUAGUUUCACUCCUGUUUUACAACAGACCAGAGAAUAGAGACGUGGAUAAUUAUAACCAAGACUUGAAGAAGGAAGGCACUUUGUGAUCACUGUGAAGGAAUCUACUCACUGUAGGAGCCAAAUCAAGAAACUGGCUGGACAGAUAGCUUAUUAUUUGUAUAAAUAUUAGCCUCGAUUCCAGGCCGCUCUCAAUUGAGAAAGACGGCCUGGUAUACACUGUCUGCGCAUGCGUCAAUUGCCCCAAGAAUCUUGGGGAUCGAGAUAUCUUAUGUCAAUGGCAUCACGAAAUAAACGUAAGCGAUUAGCAUCUGAGAGCGUUGAAUAUGGCAACACAACUAAACGUUCAAGAAAAGAGCAACCCUAUUUUUCAACAGAAAGCCAACCUGGACCAUCAUUUCCACAUCAUAGUGAACAGCACUUCUUGUCGGCUAGCCCAACCCCAGAUGUUAGUUGGUCCUCUAAACCUACCAGUUCACCAAGUACGAGCUAUCGUUAUGAUCGUUAUGAAGCUGAAUCUAGCCAACGCUGUGAUGCUCGUAUACUUCUUCAUAAGAUUAGGAAACGACAAUCGUCUGAUCAUGAAUUAAGAUAUCAAUCAGUGAAGAAAUCUCCUCACAAACGACUAAAACAGGAGCAUAUGUCACAAGCUGAUCUGUGCAAUCCUUAUUCUCAUUUUUCCGAAAAGAAUGCAAUCCACUUACUCCAAGACAUUGUAAAAUUUAGAAAGCGGAUGCAUGAUGAUGGAACUGUUGAAAAGAUUCUCAACAUAUUAACAACAAAUUCAGAGACUGAAUUGCUUGUCAUGCUAAUUCAAGCUCUAUCCAGGACUAACUUAAAAAGUUUAUCAAAACAACUGUUUUCCCCAGUAUCAAAUGCAUCUUUUUUUCACUGCAUUAGCUCAAUGGUUUGCUCAAUGCCCCAAGAACAAAAUAAGCAUAAAAGAAAUUCAUUCGUUAAAAUUUUAAGUGACAUUGCUAAGUUGUUUAGGGAACUGUUGGAAGUUAACCCGUUAAAAGCUUUUUUACACCUACCUAUUGAUUCAUGCUGUGGGACAGUGGAGCAAUUGUCUCGACAAGAUUAUAUGUUCAAAAGUGUUGAAGAAAGCCUUUUGCAACUCAGAGCCCAAAGAGAUUCAAUUCGACAGGGAUUGUAUGAUGUUAAGGAUUGUGAAUCAGUUCCUGAUAUGAUUGCCUUGCCCACAGAAGAGGAGUUACAUAGUGCCACCUUCCUCACAGCACUUAGAAAAAACAUUAUCAAGGGAGAGUUUCCAAGCGAUACCGACUACAUUUCUAUCUUCUAUAGCCUUGUAAGGGAAGAUUUCAUUCAACCUCUUCGAGAAGCUCUUCACAAAGUUAAACGCGAAGAGCAAUUCCUUUAUAAAAAUGUUUCUAUUGAGAGUUGCUCAGCAGUCGAUUUAAGCAAUGAGGAUGUCAUAUGUAGACUGAAGUUCUCUACAACGAGGCAAGUUAAAUGGCAAUAUUCUAAAAGGCUUACUUACGGUAGCCUGUUGUGCUUGUCUGAUGAUGACUUUGGUACAGUAAUUUUUGCUACUGUUUCAGAAAGAGAUAUUGAUGACUUAAAAAACAACUGUGUAGAAGUGAAACUCAUUGGAAAAGCUGCAGAAGACCCCAAGUAUGUUUCCCCAUCAAAAGAGUACAAAAUGUUUGAGUCACCAUGUUACUUUGAGGCAUAUGCUCCAAUUAUUCGCACACUUUGCUCUCUACGUGAGAACCUGAAGAAACUGCCGUUUAAAGACUAUAUUGUGAGGUGUAAAACUGACAUUAAAAAACCUCUAUACCUAGAAGAAAAUCAGGAUGCUACGUUUAGUCUGUGUGGUGUAAUUUGUUCUUGUGACCCACUAAAGUGUGAGCAUGACUCUUAUUCUGUUGAGGACAUUGAACAAGCUAAACUCAAUAAAUCCAGUAUUGUAUCUACAAAUUUAUCCCAGUCAAAAGCUCUUUGCACAGCUCUCACAAGAGAGCUAGUGUUGAUUCAAGGACCACCAGGCACUGGUAAAACCUAUGUCGGAUUGAAAAUUGUACAAUCUCUUUUGAUAAACAAAUCACUGUGGAAUCCAGGUAAAGGGCCCAUUAUGAUUGUCUGCUACACAAAUCAUGCUCUGGAUCAAUUUUUAGAGGGCCUUCUUCAUUUAAAAGAUCUCGAGGGAACUUUGGAAAUUAGAAGAGUUGGUGGCCGCUCAAAAAGUAAAACUUUGGAGCCUUACAACAUCAAAAAAUUUGUGAAUUUGGCCAAGAAAAAUAAAGGAAUCCGUUUCACAACAAAAAACUUUUUACGCAAUGUACAAAACAGACUUAAGCAUCUUACAGAUUUUCUUAAUGGUAGAAAUCCAUCGAUAAGUUCUGUUUCUAUGUAUAGUUUCUUCUUAAGUGAAGCUAUUAUUGAGGAACUUAGAUGGCACUGUGAUAUCUAUGAAAUGGUUGUACCUGUAUUGUCACAACUAGUGCCUAAAAAGACUGAAAAAAACCCUUUUCAUGAUUACAUUAAGGCAGAGAGACAUUUAUCAUUUGACGAUGACCGAGAAUAUACAAUAUUUGAAGAGAAGUCGCUAAAACAAUUUGUCUCUUUCUUCAAAAAAGUUGCUUCAAUGAGUAACAAAGAAGCUACUGAGUGUUUGGAGCAAUUAGCUGAAGAUGGAUGGUUACCUUAUGAUGUGCAUCUUAGACUGUUCAAAUAUUGUUUGGACAAGUUAAAGCAUGCCUGGCAAAGAGAAGCUGAACACACAGCACAAGAGAAUGCUGAGAAUGACAAGCGUAUACAGUUGAUUAGAGUAAACUGCUUGCAAGAAGCAGAUGUAAUCGGUGUAACUAUCAAUGGAGCGGCAAAAUAUAAGGCAGCCUUAACUCAAGUUAAGUCUAAGAUUUGUGUCAUUGAAGAAGCUGGAGAGGUUAUGGAACCACAUGUCAUAACCACCCUCACGCCACACACACAACAUCUGAUACUCAUUGGUGAUCACAAGCAACUGCGACCAAAAACUAACUCUGAUGUAAUUGGUCGAGAGUACAAACUGAAUAUAUCUAUGUUUGAGCGCCUCGUCAAUAAUGACUUCCCUGUUGAAACGCUCAAAAUCCAGCAUCGAAUGAGACCCGAGAUUUCACGUCUGGUGUCAACACAUAUUUAUGAUGGCUGUGUAGAAGAUAGUGAAACCGUUCAGAGUUACGAAGAUGUCAGUGGAAUGUUGCAUAACAUGUACUUCGUUGACCACCAUCAAUAUGAAAGCCGAGAUGAAGAUAACACUAGUCCAUUUAACACUCAUGAAGCAGCUUUUGUUGUAUACUUAACAAGAUAUUUGAUUCAGAACGGCAAUAAACCAGAGGAGAUUACAAUAAUAACACCCUAUCUUGGUCAACUAAGAGAAAUCAAACAGCAGAGUAAUAAACUUGAUGUUGAAGUAAAUGUAAGCACAGUUGACAAUUUCCAAGGUGAGGAGAAUGACAUAAUUCUGCUCUCUCUGGUUCGAAAUAAUAAAGAAGACGAUCUUGGCUUCACAAGAUUCAAAAACAGAGUUUGUGUUGCCAUGUCACGUGCAAAAAAAGGUUUCUACUGUAUUGGAAGCUUUUCUACUUUCAGAAAGAAAUCGAAAUUGUGGGAAUCGAUCUCAAGUGAUCUAGAACAAGAAGACCGUCUCAGUGAAGCCCUUCCACUCAGGUGUGUCUCUCACAAGAAUGUAACUCAUAUAUCCAGUGCCGAUGAUUUUAAUAAAAUUGAAGCAGGUGGAUGUAGAGAACUGUGCAAGGCUCGUCACUCGAUUUGUAACCAUGUUUGCGAUAGAUCAUGUCAUCCAGAUGACCAAAUGCACGAACGGCAUUGCACCCAACCUUGUCCUAAGAAGUGUGACAAAGAUUUGCAUCGGUGUGAAAGUAAAUGUGGGUUAAUUUGUCCUCCUUGUAAACAACCUAUGAAAAAGAAAAUUCCCAUGUGUGGUCACGACCAGCAAGUUCCAUGUAACAUUGAAGCUAGGGAAUUCUCAUGUACUAUGGACUGUAUGAAAACUCUGUCUUGUGGUCACCGUUGUAAACUAAAAUGCGGACAAGAUUGUUCUAGUAAACGGUGUAAGUUUUUCGUUACCAAGCAAUGGCCUUGUGGCCAUGAAGCACAAAGAGAGUGUCACGAAACUGAGUUAAACUAUUCACUAAAUUGCAAAUUUCGUUGUGACACAGUCCUAGCAUGUGGCCAUAAAUGCACCAGAACAUGUGGAGUAUGUCGUCAAGGGCGACUACAUAUGCCGUGUAAGGAUAAAUGCUCAAGAAAUCUUUUUUGUGGUCAUCCCUGUUCGGUAUCAUGUGCAAACAACUGCCCACCUUGUAUGAAAGAGUGUGUUUUCAAAUGUUCACAUGCUCCCUGUGGGCACAAAUGCUUUAAACAAUGCAAACCGUGCCCUCAUCGCUGUGAAUGGAAAUGUAAGCAUUUUCAAUGCACAAAAAAUUGCGGAGAGCUAUGUGAAAAGAAAAGGUGCUCAGAACCAUGUAAAAAGAAACUGAAGUGUAGUCACCAUUGCAUUGGUCUGUGUGGUGAGCCUUGUCCAGCUGUGUGUAGAGUAUGUAAUAAGGACUCUGACACAUUUGAAGUAUUCUUUGGUGAAGAAGAUAAUCCAGAUUCCCGCUUUGUUGAGCUGAAAGAUUGUAAACAUGUGAUAGAGGCUACGUCAAUGGAUAGGUGGAUGGAUAGUGGUGAUGAUGAUGCAAAUGUUAGUAUUAUGUGGAAGAAGUGUCCAAAGUGUAGUGUACAAGUGAUUUCCACCCUACGUUAUGCUAAUCAAGCCAAACAAGUGCUAGCAGAUAUGAAUCGUGCUAAAGAAAAGCUAUCUUGUACAUUAUCGAGGUCUGAUAGACACGAGUACUAUAGACGUGCCCAAGAACUCAGUGUCUCUGUAUACAGUUCACUCAGGCGCUCUACUAUUCGGAGAUCAUUGAUAGAUAAGUUUAGUGCCCGGUGUGAACGAUUCAAACGUGUUGAUAUAAAGCAUAAUGAUGCUUUACUAAUAGACUUCCUUGUUCUUUUCCAGUCCUUACAUCAGUCUCUCCUAACACUUAAAACGCUUGAUGAUAUUAUAGAUAGUAAAACAAUAGACAUCGUGAUUGAAAUUAAAUGGCUUCAAUCACAGACAAUUGAUUUCUUGAAUUGGCUGGUGGAAUGCUUAAAUCGUGAUCAUUUUACUGAUCAAGUACGACAAGAUUCCGAAAAUGAAAGCAGGCGUAUUUUCCUUCUAGGUCAGUUGUAUUGCCUCAGAUAUAAUGCCAAGAAAUUACGUGAUGCAAAAUUAUCUGAAUCUGAAAAUGCUGUGUUGCACAGCUUCAGACGAUACGAAUGUUUUGGAUGUCAACCAGCUGUCACUGUCACCGAAGAUAUUCUACAACAAGCGCUGGCUGAAAUGCAUCAAAUUUCAAACAAAUUGGCUAUGCCUUUGCCUAAAGAAGAGCGAACAAUGAUAAUCAAAGCAUUGGGUACCAAACGUGGUUCUUGGUAUAAAUGUCAGAACGGACACUUUUAUCAGAUUGGACAAUGCGGAGGAGCAAUGGAAACAUCAAAAUGUCCAGAGUGCUCAGCAGUUAUUGGAGGACAAAGUCACACACUUGCCUCUGGCAAUCAGCAUGCUGGAGAGUUUGAUGAUUCUUCACAUGCUGCGUGGUCUGAGGGUGCCAACUUAGCAAACUAUGAAGGCUUCAACUAGUUAAGGCCAAUCAGGCUUACCAAUCAUUGUUGCGUUCACAGUAAUUUAAACCCACAAUGCACAUUACAAUCAUUAUUUCACUUAGAGAAUCACAACUAAAUACACUCUAUGUCAAUUUCCACUGUUCAUUUUUUUAUGUUAGUAUACUAAAUCACUUUUAUGCAUGUACAUGUACAUGCAUCAUUCUGUUUACACCAUUGCCUGAUUUCGUAAACUUCUUUCAACGAUGGAAAGAAAAUCUUCACAAUUGCCAGAAGUCUGUUCAGAAAAUGUUUCAGAAUAUCAGAGAAAAAUUUUUAACCCAUCUCCUCGAAAAUUAAAGAGAUUCGUCAAAUAAUGAGCAGCCGACAGUGACUGUUAAACCAAUAUUAUUGGUGAAGCUGGAUCCAAAUAAAGACUAUUAAUUUUUUGCGGAAUCUAUACAGAUCGAAGCUGAUUGUUAACAUACUAUAGGGUGAUGAGAAGAGACGGACAAUUGUACCAGUCUACGUGUUGUAUGAGAGUGAGACUCGUGCAGUUCACCGGCUUGUUUUCACACAGUAGAACGUUUGCCUCAACUCCAGCACUAUGAAAACGUGCAGAGUAGAAUUAUUUUCAUGCAGUUUUUCUGUUGGUGCCCAGUGGACUGCUGCAAUGUGACAAUAACACUCAACAUUGAAUGCUUGAAAUUGGAAAGUUCAAACUGGUUCGAUACACCAUGCAGGAUCAGCAGAGAAUAGAUCCACACAUGGAAUCAUUAUCAAGGAGUUUUCCAAAGUUUUAGAAUUGCACAUCACUGCUGUGCAGUGCUCAAUACUAAUGGUGAUCAUAAGCGUGCAAGGUGCAACCCAGACUUAUAAACGAUUGCUCACAAAAAGUUCGAAUGUAACACGUACAGGAGCGUACACAUGCAGCACCAAAUGAAAUGUCCUGUAUUGUUUCGAAACUACAGUGCAAUUCAACAAAUCAAGUGACAACUACUCUAUAGGCUAUAAUAAGUCCGUACAGAGACGGACUUUUCAUUAUGUUUGCUCAGGAAUGUGAACAACUCAGAAUAAGGGGAGGUCCCAACGUCUAAAAUUGACUUCCACUCAUGAUCAAGUACGAGAAUAAAAUUAAUACCUGUCCGACCUUCAACUGUUGGCAAUUUAUAACAAUUAAAGGCUUGCCUGUGACUGGAAAUGCCUGCCUUGCGAUGAAAUCGAGGAUAAGAAAGCAAGGAGUAAUUUAUAUUCUCAGACAUUGCAAGUUUUAGAGAGCAACGUCUCUUAUCUGAAAAUCCACUGAUCAAAAUGCCUAUAAUGCUUGGAUAGAAAGCGUAUCACUAUUUUGGUGAGCGAGCGUGCCUGUUUUUGUAUCUGCUGUGACAAGUAGCUUCCAGGAAACACGAGACACUGCAUGCAUGGUCUAUCACAUGAUAUGCAAGUACAUGUAGACGAAAUAUCAAUAGAUCUAGUUUAACAAUUCCACGUGCCACUUCAAAAAUUCACAAAAUGAAACUCUAAUUGGCACUCACUGGGUGUGAAGUUAAUUCUGAUGAUCGAGAUGCUGUGAGUGUAAUGUACGAUUAUUACAUGCACAUGACACCCGUAUAUAAAUAGCUCAUACAAGUUAGCUUUACAACUGCAUUAUGUACAUAAUUAGUGUUUUUUUCAAAUAGUAAUUAGCCUACAUGAAGAAAAUUAAAUAUGUAUUAAAUUC